AUGAAGAUCACUACUCUCUGUUUUUUUGUGUUGUGUUCGGCUAGUACUGGUUACAGCAUAAUUGAAAGAGAUGUAACGCGCCAGAUUAGAUCUCAUCGAGAAUCAGAAAAAUAUUCUCCGGACUGGAAAGACCUGGACACUAGACCAUUACCACGUUGGUACGAUGAAGCUAAAAUUGGUAUUUUUUUGCACUGGGGCGUUUAUUCUGUACCCGGUUUCUCUUCUGAAUGGUUCUGGAGUAAUUGGAAAGGGGGUGAUAAAAAAUCAAAAGACUUCAUGACGAAAAAUUACCCACCAGAUUUUACAUAUCAAGAUUUUGCUCCCAUGUUUAAAGCUGAAUUUUUUGAUCCCAAGGAAUGGGCGACUCUAUUUUUAAAAGCUGGUGCUAGAUAUGUUGUUCUCACCAGUAAACACCACGACGGGUUUACUCUGUUCCCAUCCAAACGCUCCUUCAGUUGGAAUGCGUACGAGGUUGGGCCUAAACUAGAUAUAGUAGACCAACUGUCCAAAGCCGUUAGAGAUGUUGGAUUGAAGUUCGGUGUAUAUCACUCUCUGUAUGAAUGGUACAAUCCUAUUUAUGUAGAGGAUAAGAAAAAUAAUUUCUCCACACGUUAUUACGCUGAUACAAAACUGUGGCCGGAUCUUAAACAGCUAAUCAAUGAUUAUAAGCCUUCAGUUCUCUGGUCUGAUGGAGAUUGGGAAGUUUAUGACACAUAUUGGAAGUCAACUGAUUUCUUAGCAUGGCUGUACAAUGAGAGUCCGGUAAAGGAUGAAAUUGUUGUAAACGAUCGAUGGGGUAUUGGCAUACCUUGUAAACACGGAGACUUUUAUAAUUGUGCGGAUAGGUAUAAUCCUGGUGCUCUCCAAAACCACAAGUGGGAGAAUGCUUUCACAGUGGACAAAAAGUCAUGGGGCUUUCGGAAGACAAUGAGCUUGAAUGAUACAAUGACUAUGCGGGAGCUUCUGUACCAAGUUGUGUCGACUGUGAGUUGUGGAGGUAAUGUCUUAAUUAAUGUAGGACCGACGCAAGAAGGCACAAUAGCUCCUAUAUUCCAAGAAAGACUACUCAACCUCGGUAACUGGCUUGGAGUUAAUGGUGAAGCAAUAUAUAGUACUUCCCCGUGGUUGCACCAAAAUGACUCGCUUAACAGUGACGUAUGGUAUACGUGCCUCAAACCUACAUACAAUCAACGGCAUCCCACAGCGAAGCCAAGGGAAAAUGAUACCAUUACAGCAAUUUUCGCCAUUUUCCUCUCCUGGCCCACAAAUAACCAACUGGAAAUUAUGGAUAUAAGUUCGUAUUUACACGCCGGUACUUACAAGGUCGAACUUUUGGGCAGUAACAAUGUUCUAAAUUGGAAAAUUAAAAAUGGAGUGACAAACAUUGAACUUCCAGACAAGGCAAAAAUUCAGUCGGAAUACGCAUGGGCUUUAAAAAUUAGCCUCAAAUAG